AUGCGCAGCUUGCCAAACAGAAUCAAGCCAUACGCCGUCGAGGCCACGCGCACGAGCACAAAGUCGUCAGCCGAAAACGACGCCAGGUCGUUCUGCUGCGAGCAAACGUACCGCCACUGCAAAGCUCUCGGGCUCGUGCUUGUCGUGCUCGUGGCGCAGGUGGACGAGCUGCGUCUUGAGCUCGUGCUCGAUUUCGCCAAAGGCCGUGACGGAUGCCGCCUUGGGGACAUGCGCCUCGCCGAGAUCAGACGUCUCUUUGGUAGCCUGUUACGUGUUACACUCGGCUCUGAGAUGCGGUAG